AUGGAUCCCGGUUAUUUUGAUACGGAGAGAGAACAGAACCCGCGGGAGAAAGCGAAUUUGUUUUCUAAAACAUGCUUUUGGUAUACUCGACAAUUAUUCGAAAAGGGCAGAAAAGGGCAGCUCAGCAUAUCCGAUGUUUACAGAUGUACUCCAGGUCACAGAGCUGCCCCACGCGGUGAUGUAAUGAGUGAAGUAUGGAAAAAUGAAGUUAUGAAACAAGAUAAAACAAAAAAGCCAUCACUGCUCCGUUGUAUAAUAAGGAUAUAUGGAAUUAAAUUUCUUGUAUCGAAUAUAAUAUUUGCAUUAGUUGAUACUUCACUUAGAAUAUCAACGCCAAUGUGCCUCGAAGGUCUUAUUAAUUACUUUUCGCCGUCUCACGCCGGCGUCAGUACAUCCGAAGCGUACUUGUAUGCGCUUGGAGUUGUUAGUUUUAUGGCGAUGAACGCCAGUUUUAUCCAUCCAAUGUUACUAUUUCUCUUGGACAUGAGUAUGAAGAUCAGGGUGGCUUGCUGUUCUUUAAUUUAUAGAAAGCUUCUCCGUCUAGACUUAACAGCUGGCGGCAAAGCCUCCGAAGGCUUAGCGGGUCACGUGGUCAAUCUUCUGACGACGGAUGCCCAAAGAUUCGAUAUGGCCAGUCUCUUCAUGAUUGAUCUGGUCAGGACACCGAUAGAGAGUGUCAUCAUAGUCUACCUCAUGUAUCGCCAGAUUGGGAUCUCUUCAAUUAUUGGAGUCGCUUUCUUGAUCAUGUUCAUUCCUUUACAGGGUUAUUUGGGAAAGAUUUCAAGUCGUUUCCGUCAAAAAACAGCUGUUCGUACGGACAACAGAAUUCGUUUGAUGAACGAAGUGAUUCAAAGUAUUGAGGCUAUUAAAAUGUACGCAUGGGAGAAUGCUUUUGCUAAUAUAAUUGGGAAAGCUCGGAAGAAAGAAAUGAAUGUCAUAAAAAAGAUGUCAUGGCUGCGGGCGGUUAUGAUAUCGUGCGUCAAAUUAAAUACAAAAGUUGCCAUAUUUAUUAGUAUAAUAUCGUUUAUUUCGUUCAAAAACGAUUUAACUGCCGCCAAAGUUUUUGUUAUUUUCUCCUAUUAUGAAAUGUUGAAAUAUACGUUAGUUGAUUUUUUGCCACUGGCAAUCACGUUUACGUUGGAGGCAUAUGUCAGUGUGAAGCGGAUGCAAGAAUUUUUAUUAUUACCUGAAGUUGAAAAUCAAGAUGGGGUCGAUUUGAUUAAUAUUGAAAAGAAAGAAAUGAAAAGUAAUGGUGUGUUUGAAAAGAUUGGAAAUGGGCAACAGGCUUACAUAAAAUCAGAAUCAAAUCUAGAACAAUUGAAACCAGAAAUUCUACUCAAUUUUAAGGAUUACACGGUAUAUUGGAAAAAUGUUGAAGAAGAUGUAUCGGAUAGAAAAACACCCGCUUUGAUGGAUAUUAAUUUAGUGAUAAAACCAGAGACGCUCACGGUGAUAGUCGGCACAGUGGGCUCUGGUAAGUCCACACUAAUACAGGCGAUGUUGAAGGAACUCAUACCUAGUAGGGGCACGCUCAACGUGCGCGGCAAUUUGGCGUACGCUGCGCAAGAGCCGUGGUUGUUCGAUGCGUCCGUUCGCCAGAACAUAUUAUUUGGACAGGACUUAGAUCUGAGAAGAUACAAGCAAGUGAUAAAGUGUUGUCAGCUGAAAACCGAUUUAGAAAUUUUGUCACAUGGUGACAAAUCUGUUGUAGGGGAAAGAGGUACAUCUCUGUCGGGCGGACAGCGCGCGCGCAUUUCCCUAGCGCGUUGCGUAUACCAACACGCUGAUGUCUAUCUAUUGGAUGAUCCCUUAGCUGCUGUUGAUGCUAAGGUAGCCCAAGCGAUAUACGAAGAGUGUAUACGUGGUUUUCUACGCGACAAAGCAGUUGUAUUGGUAACACAUCACGUACAGUACGCACGACAGGCGAACAACGUGUGCGUCAUGAGAGGGGGAAAGAUGGUGGCACAAGGAUCAUACCAUGAACUCAAAAAUGGCGUACCAGAGUUUGAACAGCUUAUAGAAAUGGGAGAAAGGGUUGAAGAAGAGAAGCAGAAGCAGAAGGUGACGUCAUAUGAGAAUAAGGAGAGUAUGGAGCACUCUCACGUUCUUCGCUCCCAACGGUCAAUGUCGGAAGCAUCACAGCUGUCAUUCAAUCUGGAUUUAGACAAUAAUUCAGAUCCCAAAUAUGAAGGUGAAAGUCAAAACAAGGGGUCAGUAUCAAGUGGCGUGUACGUUUCGUACAUAGCGAGCGGCGGUGGGAAGUUUACAAUGCUACUUCUACUCUCACUGUUUUUAGUAGCGCAGGUGUUCUACUCGUCUACUGACGUCUGGCUGAAAGAAUGGGUAAACUUGGAAGAGUCAAAUAGUGCUCAGGUCAUAGCGAUACGAAACAACGCUACAACGACACCUGAAGUUAUAUACGAAAACCUACCCCGUAACCGUUGGCACCUAACACGCGAACAGUGUGUCUACAUAUACGCCUCACUUAUCGGCAUUUGUAUGUUCUUCACCUGGAACAAACUGCUGGUUUUCUACAACACCUGCAUUCGUGCUUCUGUACAGCUCCAUGAUACAAUGUUCAGGGGGGUAACGAAUGCACCAAUGUGGUUUUUCAACCACAAUCCGUCUGGAAGGAUCCUCAACCGGUUCUCGAAGGAUAUGGGCCAAGUUGACACAUUGCUGCCCGUCGCCUUGGUGGACUGUCUUGGAUUCUUCCUGGAAGUUAUAGGUAUCCUGAUAGUGGUGUGUUUAGUGAACUGGUGGCUGCUAUUCCCAACGGCGGGUGUAGCUUUCCUUCUCUUUCUCUUACGAGCUCUGUUCCUCAGCACCAGUCGAGAAUUAAAGAGAAUUGAAGCUAUAGCCCGGAGUCAAAGCCUGAACCAUGCGGCAGCGACUGUGUCAGGCCUAGCCACGAUCCGUUCGACGGGCGAACAGCAACGAACACUCGCACGUGAAUUUGACAAGCUCCAAGACCUCCACAGCUGUUCGUGGACCCUGGUACUCACAACAAAUAGAGCUUUUGGAUUCUGGAUGGACAUGGUCUGCUGUCUUUAUCUGGCUACCGUCACUUUUAGCUUUUUCCUCUUCGCCAGCGAUGGAACGAUGGGUGGAAAUGUGGGUCUGGCGAUAACUCAAGUGAUAGGUCUCGUGGGUAUGUGUCAGUAUGGGAUGCGGCAAACCGCUGAAGUCGAGAAUCAGAUGACAUCUGUUGAAAGAAUUCUAGAAUACACCAAUCUACCUCCAGAGAUGCCGGUAGAACCAGACCAGAAAGCGUUGAAAGCUGAGUGUCCGAACUUGAACUUUGAAGAAUGGCCUGAUCACGGAGAAAUAGUCUUCGAAGAUGUAUCACUGGAGUACGAGAAACCGCCGAAGCAAGAAGCAACAGAACCAGCUCCUAAGAUAGAUGAAACGUCGUACGCCAUUCGGGGUGUUAACUUCUCAAUACGGCCAGGGGAAAAAGUUGCUGUGGUUGGAAGAACUGGAGCAGGAAAGAGUUCUCUUAUUGCAGCUCUGUUUAGAUUGAACAAGAUAACUGGAAAGGUAUCAGUGGACGGGGUGUCAGCGGAGUUGGCUGGUCUUCGCGCGUGGAGAUCCCGUCUUUGCGCUUUGCCACAGAGACCGGCAUUAUUCGCAGCUUCGCUGAGGGACAACUUGGAUCCAGAACAGAAGUAUAGCGAUGCACAAAUACACGCUGCGUUGCAUGAGGUAGAACUCCAAUCGCUAGUCUCGGCCCUCCCAGGGGGGCUCUCUUCUCGAGUUGGGGAUGGAGGGGGGAACCUAUCGAGUGGACAAAGACAGCUCGUGUGCUUGGCUCGAGCUGCUUUGGCGAGACGAGCCGUGCUUGUCUUGGAUGAGGCUACCGCUAAUGUAGACACGGAAACUGAUCGUCAAAUCCAAAGCACGAUUCGCAGUAAAUUCGCGAGUUCCACAGUCCUCACCAUCGCGCAUCGAUUGAACACCGUGAUGGACUAUGACAGAGUUAUCGUGAUGGACAAAGGUCGCGUCGUCGAGUCUGGUCAUCCAUUUGAACUGUUGACGACCACUGCACAAUCGAAAGUAGAGAAUCAGCCCCGACGCGCACUUCUGUCCAAAAGCCAGGCUCCUUUGGCAAUUCCAGAAAACUUUGCAUUCCAAUCAUCUGGUGAACGACAUGAAGAAUCCGAGACACUCAUUUUGUCCAAAGAUAGGAUUAGAACUUAUUCUAAUAGAUCCGAGCUGAGUGAGCCGGAAGGCGGCAUAUUCAAGGUGCUAGUGGAACAGACCGGACCGGAGACGGCCGCCAUGUUGUACAAAAUGGCGGAAGAGAGUUACAAGAAACUUCAACAGAAAAAGAACGCUUAG